AUAACUCGUCACAUCAUACUUACAUAUUCAAUUGACAGAUGUGCGUACUAAUUUUAUACUCACUACGUCUUGUGUUUGCGGAUAGCUUUUUUUAUUAUGUUAGACCGCAUUAUUAUUGGCUUAAUAAACUAAUAAAAAAUUAGUGUAGAACUGUAAGCUAAUGCUAAAAUUAUGGUCCAUAGUAUGUACUAUUAUGGUCCAUAGUAUGUACUUUUAAUUUCCCUAUAGUUUUUUAGGUCUGUGAAAAAUAACUGUACAAUGAAGAAAUCUAUUGUAAUAGCGGUUGGCAUAUUAUGCUUGAGUUUAUUCAUAUUGGGAAUAGUUUUAGUGGCAACAUAUAAAGAGAAGAACGAGAGCAAGUUUGAGUAUGAUUAUACAAAAUGUUUAAAGUACGACACAAGGAGCGACACGUUUCAAAACUUAACCUGUGCAGAAUUCAGGAAUAAUUCUAGCGGUUAUUGCAUAUGUUUCAUUAACUUGACGAUUACCGAAGACUUAUAUGGAGAUGUACCGUUAACGCUAUACUAUGAUUUGAGUUCAUACGAGCAGCCAAAUUACAGUCAGUCAAAUCUUUUUUACAGAGAUGAAAAUCAAUUAUUAGGUAAAAUAUCAGAAACUCCUGCGGCUCAAUGUGAGCCUUACAGUUAUUUAAAUGGCAUCCCCAUAUACCCAUGUGGAGCUUUGGCCAACUUUAUGUUUAACGACACGUUUAUCCUUAAAAAAUAUGGUUUCCGGGAUCCUUGGCCAACAGUGAGUCAUGGAAUGAUAAAAGAAGAAGAUAAAAUCGGUUAUCGCAACCCACCAGGAGACCUAGAAAAAGCGCUACAAAACUUUACCAAGCCACCGAAUUGGAUGAAAAAUGUAUGGGAAUUGGAUACAACUUAUCCAGAUAAUAAUGGUAUUCAGAAUGAAAGGUUUAUUGGUUGGAUGAAAACGAAUUGGAGACGAAAGCCAUUUUGGCAACUCAAUGAUACUAUACUUCCAAGUGGACGUUAUUUUUUCCGCGUAGACUACAACUAUCCGCAAACUCUUUAUAAUGGGCCGAGGAAAAUCAUAUUGUCUACAUAUCGCAUCGAAAGCAAUCUUUUUAAACUUGUAAUGGGUACAAUACUACUAAUUAUCGGGCUUAUAGUACUUUUACUAAGUACUAUGGUUUAUUUUAAAACCAUAAAAAAAUUAAGAGAAAAAUAUUAAUACUGUAUUUAUACACAAGGAUCAUUUGUUGACGUGGCUAUUAUAUUACGCUUUUGCAAAUUAGGUAGGUGCAUGCAUGCGCAUAAGAUUUUAUUAAUUAGAAGCCUAAGUUGCAAGACCAGAUAUGAGUGCAUGCACCAAUAUUGAAAUUUUUUUCUAAAUAUAGCUUUAAAAUUGUAAUCGUAGAUAAUGUUCUGAAUAACUGAUUAUUAUUAGGUAAGUAAUCGUUUAUUGUCACCUCUGUACCAUUAUUUUGAUCUUUCUAUAAAUAUAAUAAAAGAAAUUAAGUAAGAUUUUUGAGCUGAAAUUUACGAUUAACUAUAACAUAAUAGUUCUGACCAUCUAAACCAUAAAAAUAUGGUUAUUUGGUCAGAACAAUACAUAUUAAGGGGAAAAAUCAUCAUAUAUAUAUUCCCUAUUAACCACCAUGGUUUUAAGGGAAACCCUGUGAAGCAAUAGCGGCUACUAGUCCCAAUUAUUAAGUAUUUAUGACCCUUUAUAAUGGUCCUUUUUUCGCGAUUAAUACUUUAUAGCCUGUAGAAGCUUUUUAAUAUGAUUGUACACAGGAAAUCUGAUCUCUAUUAAAAUAUGUUGCUCAAACAGAUUUGCCUAAACAUAGUUCAAUUACCUAUAUUCCAUAAAUAUCAUAAUAUGGUUAUUGGGUGUUUAUUUUAGGCGCUUAAAACUUGACAGUUAUACGAGCUGCUCUGCAAAUUGAUAUCAAAAACGUAAACUAUAUAUGGUCAGUUUGUAAUUAGUAGGUCCUUUACUACAUACCAGCGAAAUUUAUAUUUGCUGCGAUUUUAUUGCUUUAUCAUCAAUGACUGUGCUAAAUCGGUCUUUUUUGUAUUGAACUAUUUUGCUCCUCAUUAAAAAAAUAAUCGAACCCUGAUUCGAUUCUAUAUAAGUACUCAAACAAGUACUUGAAUACCUAUAGAAGAUAUUCGAGUACUUCAUCAAACUUUCGAUUGAUUGAUUUCUAAAGCUUAUUUUAAUGAAAAUUUUCAGUCAUUUAAUGGCAGUAUAUUUUCAGUCAUUUUAUGCUUUUGGCAUUUAAGCAAAAACAUAAUGAAACAAUGAAAUAGAAACAUUAACAUUACAAUAAACAUACAACUAAAAUUUGAAAAUUCUAAGUACUCGAAACCUGUAUUUGAAUGUAGCGUAUCCGUGUUUAUCUAAGUUCAUAAUUGUUUUAAGAUUAAUUAAAAAAAACACACACACAUACAAUUAAAAUACAAAACCUUAAUGGAGAGAUAAAUCGGAUUGAGAUUUAAAAUUCUAUGUACGUAUGUAAUUAAUGAAAGUAUUUCCAUUUAGUAUUACAUUUGACUUGCGUAGAAUCUGUCAUGUAUUUAAAAUUUUGCAAUAAGUCCUCGGAUUGGUCCACUCUAUCGCCAUGUUUAAUUAACUUUCAUAACAUUAUGAAAUUAACAUCUGUCAUGGCGUAGUAGCUUAAUAUAGUGCCUCGACUUUGGUACUUUGUCAGCUUAAAAUUUUCGAUUUUUUUUUACCAGAGGGGGUAAACGAGCAUGCGGCUCAGCUGAUGGUAAGUGACUACCAGCGCCCACGAUCACCCACAAUAACAAAGGCAUUGCAGGUAUACUGCCGGCAUUUUAAAAAGGAAUAUGCUCUUUCUUGAAGACUAUAAUGUCGUAUCGGUUGGAAAAUACUGCUGUUGGAAGUUGAUUCCAAAGAGUGGUUAUGCGUGGAAUAAAGUGCCUUGAAAAACGCAUGAUGGAAGACCGCCACUCAUCCAGAUGGUUGGGAUGAAACUUUAGUUUGUGGCGGGUUGUAAGGUGGUGAAAAUCAGCUGCAGAUAUCGACCCGAAAAAAUCCUCAGAGCACUCCCCUGAUAAAUUCGGUUCUACCGAAUGCACAGAGACGCAACAUCUCUACGCAGUUUCAGUGGGUCGAGUCGGACAGUAAAACGCUGAUCAUGAUUAUGAUCAGCAGCCAAUUCGAGUGACCCGACUUUGAAUGCGGUCUAAGGGAAGGAGUUGGUGCUGUGGCGCUCCUGCCCAUAGAUGAGAACAGUAUUCCAUAUGUGGCCUGACUUGAGCUUUAUACAAUUUCAAGCGGUGUUUCGGCGUAAAAUACCGUCUUACUCUAUUGAACAUUCCUAACUUUUUGGAAACCAUCUUAGCCUUUUCCUCCAGAUGACAAAACUGAACGUUGCUAGAUAUAUCAACGUCAAGUACCCCUAGACUCGACUUAUUAUCAAGGGAAGUGCUCUAAAAGUAAAAAGUAACGACAAGCGGCGACUUUUUUGCAGUGAACGCGCAGACUUGUGUCUUCUUCGGGUUAAAUUCGAUAAAUAGAUAUUAUGAUAAUCUUGACGAUUACUAACGAUCUCUUUUGAUAUAACACUAGAUGUGCCAGCGAUAUCAUCAUAGAUAUUAGAUAUAUGUAAAUUUCACUGUUGCUAACAACUUGACUAGUCGACCUUUUUUAUUGUUAUAUAGGUAUUUAUUGAUAUUUACUAUUAUUAUAUAAUGCUGUAUUAUUUAUAUCAGUUUUUCGUGACGGAUUUUUUGCAAUUAAAUACUGUCAAAUUUUUAAACGGUGCUGGUUGUGUUUGGAGGGAAUAACGUUGCUUAGAGAAACCUCGCAACCACUAUAAUCACAAAAUAUUAAACUGGUAUUAUCUACACUUCGAUUUUAAAAUUCGAAACUAUAUAAUUUGAAACGAUCUUCAAUAAUUAUUCAUAACAUGUGGGGCCUCGUAGGUAUAAUAAGAAAUAUAUAAUAUCCCUUAUUUCAUUAGAUACUUAUAAUACACUUUAUAUACAACAUAUAUAUAGAUACUUAUGUAAUAGACGAAACCAAAAAUCUAGAAAUUAUUAAUUUCUUGUUUUAUAUUUAUAGUCCUAUAGACUGAGUAACUACUUAAAAUUGUUAAUUUAAAUCUUAUAUUUUUAUACCUUACUUUUCAUAUUAUAUUUAUAGUCCUAUAGACUAAGUAACUACUUAAAGUUUUUAAUUUAAGUCUUGUAUUUUUAUACCUAAGUUUUCAUAUUGACUCUAUUUUGCAAUUUUUUCAAUCGUAUACCUAAUUAGUUAUCGUAUAUUAUUAAGUUGGCUUAAGAGAAUUUUUAGGUGUUUAAUAGUAUGUUAUUAUACCAAAGUUUUCAUAUUGACUCUAUUUUGCAAUUUUUAUAAUCGUAUACUUAAUAAUAAUAAGCAGAUGCAGUCACUAAGAAAAUAUUUUCAUAAUAAAUCUGAACAGUCAUCACUAUAUGCAUAUGCAAUAAAAAUAGACAAACGAUUUAUACCUCUUAAUUUACAUGACAACAGUACCCAAUAUAAUGAACAAAUAACGACUAAACAACAAAAAAUAGAUAUCUGGAGCAAAAAGUAUCUUCACGGAAGACACAGAGCAUACCUUUGCCAACCAUAUGUCGACAAGAAUGCGUCGAACAAAUGGCUGAAACGCGGCGAACUCUUCCCAGAGACAGAAGCAUCUAUGGUAGCAAUACAAGACCAGACAAUAGCUACCAGAAACUAUACAAAACACAUAAUAAAA